UCAUCAUCCUCAGCCUCUUCCACGGGCUUCUCCUCAUCCUGGGAGGAGUCCGAGGAGGACAUCUCCAGCGACCCUGAGCGCACCCUGGACCAGGCACCGGCCUUCCUGCAGACCCUGGACCAGCAGAAGCCUCGAGUGAGCAAAUCAUGGCGGAAGAUCAAGAAUAUGGUGCACUGGUCCCCAUUUGUGAUGUCUUUCAAGAAGAAGUACCCUUGGAUCCAACUGGCAGGACACGCAGGUAGUUUCAAGGCAGCAGCCAAUGGCAGGAUACUGAAGAAGCACUGUGAAUCGGAGCAGCGCUGCCUCGACCGCCUGAUGAAUGAUGUCCUGAAGCCCUAUGUUCCUGCCUAUCAUGGCGACGUUGUGAAGGACGGGGAGCGAUACAACCAGAUGGAAGAUCUGCUGGCUGAAUUUGACUCCCCCUGUGUUAUGGACUGCAAAAUGGGGGUCAGGACGUACUUAGAGGAGGAGCUGAUAAAGGCCCGGAAGAAGCCGAGCCUGAGGAAGGACAUGUACCAGAAGAUGAUUGAGGUGGACCCUGAUGCCCCUACCGAGGAGGAGAAUGUGCUGCGGGCAGUAACCAAGCCCCGCUACAUGCAGUGGAGGGAGACCAUCAGUUCAACUGCCACGCUGGGCUUCAGAAUCGAGGGGAUAAAGAAAGAGGAUGGGACUGUGAACCGAGACUUCAAGAAGACACGGACAAAGGAUCAAGUCAUGGAGGCCUUCAGGGAGUUCACCAGAGGAAACCGCAACGUUUUGAACAGUUACCUUAACCGGUUGAAGGGUAUCCGUGCUACCCUGGAGACGUCCCCGUUCUUCAAGUGCCAUGAG